AUGGCAAAACUGAAAAAUCAAAAAAUUGAAGAAAUAAAGAAAAUAAAAGACGAGGAGAAAAUAAACCCCAGCGUUAUUUUUAAUAAUCUACAAGAGUUUAAUCAAAACGGUUUCAACGGGUAUAGUAAUAAUAUAUACCCGACGAAUUUAUUGAACGGGAACACUAGCAACGUAGUCGCCACCCCCAACAUCAUUUGUAAUUCCACAGUAGAACCCUCAACUGUAAAUUUAAACGUUUUGAACCAAGACCUGAACCAACAACAAACACAAAAUUUCCCUAGAAGCCUACCAACCAACAACUUUCCAACCAACAUAGUGACGAGUCAGCCGAAAAUCGCCCCUCCAGCCGACGACUUACAGAACUCUCAAGUCAACAAUCAAAUCAUAAAAACGCACGUGUAUGAGAUCUGUCAGAAGAGCUUCAAGCGGAGAGAACACUUGUACCAGCACGUGAAACUCCAUACGGGGUUUCGGCCGUACACGUGUGAGAACUGCAAUAAGAGUUUCAUGAGGAAGGAGCACCUGUUGAGACACAUGACCUCGCACAGUGGUCAGAAAAACUUCACCUGUAAUAUUUGCGAUAAGAGUUUUUCGAGGAACGAUAAUUUGUUGAAGCAUAAAAAGACUCACGAUAAGCAGGCUAGUUAUACAGGGUCAUUAUAAAAUAUUGUAGUCGAAGAAGGCCAUGAUUUUGGUGACAUUUUGUGCCGCCUUUUUCAGUUUUGUGGAAAGGAUUACACUAAUAUUGGAAUUUUUAUUUUUAGCGCCACAUUAGUUGACAUUAGCGGCUGCACUGUUUCAACGCUUCAUCAAAUUCUGUCAGAUGUCAAUAAUUUUUUCGUUUGUACUGCUACGUUUUCCCUCACUUUGUGCGUUAAUUGACUUGUCUUGUUUUCAUUUUUGCUGUCUUCCUCUUUGUUAGAACUUUAAUAAGUGUCUCAAAAAACAGUUUUUAUCAAAACUACAGAUCAUUGUGGAAUAAUCUCAGUCCUUUGGCGCAAUCAUCAUGCCUAUUACCGUAAUGGGGUGUUAAAUGAGGAUGGGGAUGGAGUGUACUCUGUGGAGGCGUCUAAAAACGAGUAUCUAGUGAAAUGUUCUGUUGUCAUUGAUGAAGAAUCUUUGAAGACGCUAUAUGGCGAAUUAUGGCCAGAUUUAACGACACUGGUAGCAUUUCUAAGUGAAAACCGACGGGGAGACCUCAAGUUAGUGAAGACGUUGUUGAAGAUUUAAGGAUGAGAAUGGAACAAAGUCCGAAUAAAGCUUUGUCAAAAAUCUUUACUGUCCGGAGUACCAUACAGCCCAUGUCAGAAAAUCGUAAAAGAGAAGUUACAUAUGCAUCCAUACAAGAUUUUGUUGGUUCAGGAGCUGCAACCAGCUGAUUUUCCUUGCCGCGUUGGGUAGUGUAGUUGGUUUCAAGCUGAUAUGGACGAUAACGGGAUUCUCGAUUUGUCGUUCUUUUCUGAUGAAGCCUGGUUUCAUCUGUUAGGCUAUUAUGUCAACUGACAGAACUUCAGAAUUUGGUGUAUAGAAAAUACUCACCUUUUGAAGAAACACCAUCACACGCAAUGAAGGUUGGUGUGUGGUUAGCAGACGACGAUUCAUAGGCCUGAUACUUUUUCAAGUAAAUGAAUGUGAUCAAUAAACAAAAUUAGAUGCAGAAAGUGUAUGUAGGUACUGCAAUAAAGUUUUUUAUUUUCAGUAA